UCCCUGCUGGGCUCAGCUGAAGAGGGACGAGUUGGGAAGCACUGUCCUUUUGCCUUUCCCCCUCCGCGGGCAGAAGCCGACUCCGCAGGAGCGAGGUUUGCAGAGCUUAGUGGCUAGUGGAGCGGUCAAGUCCCAGGUUGAAGUCGCUGGGCCAGCCGUGCGGCCGGAGGUGCGGGGUUUUCCCUCUGGGAAAUUUCAGUCUCCUAAACAUAGUUUUGGAGCCAGACUUGAAGAAUGGUUGGUGAAUCCGGAAUGGGUGACAGCGUCGUCACAGCAUUUUAUUAGACCAUGGAUUCUUACGAUAUACCAGAAUCAACUAUUAAACAAAGUGCCUCAAGGCCUGAAAAUUACUUUAUAGGUGCCACCCCUCUGCAGAAACGACUAGAAUCAGUCAGGAAGCAGACUACCUUUGCCGCAUCUCCACCUCGAAGGAAAAUUCCCCAGUGCUCUCAAUUGCAGGAAGAUGUUGAUCCUCAAAAGGUUGCAUUUCUUCUGCGUAAACAGUGGACUUUAUAUAGUUUAACUCCCCUGUAUAAGUUCUCCUAUACUCAUCUCAAGGAGUAUUCUAGACUUCUGAGUGCAUUUAUUGUUGCUGAAAAGCAAAAAGGACUUGCUGUGGAAGUGGGAGAAGACUUCAACAUCAAAGUGAUCUUCUCUACCCUCCUAGGAAUGAAAGGAACACAAAGGGACUCUGAAGCAUUUCUUGUCCAGAUUCUGUCAAAAUCUCAAUCGUCAUCUGAGAACAGAGAAGGUAAAGUGUUGUGGACUGGUUGGUUCUGCUGUAUAUUUGGAGAUAGUCUUUUGGAGACUGUUUCAGAAGAUUUCACCUGUCUACCUUUAUUCCUUGCAAAUGGAGCAGAGUCCAAUACAGCUUUAAUUGGAACUUGGUUUCAGAAGACCUUCGACUGUUAUUUUAGUCCUUUGGCAAUCAAUGCGUUUAAUCUUUCCUGGCUGGCUGCUAUGUGGACUGCAUGCAAAAUGGAUCAUUAUAUGGCUACUACUGAAUUUCUUUGGUCUGUACCCUGUAACCCUCAAAGUCUGGACAUUUCUUAUGCAAUACAUCCAGAGGAUGCAAAAGCUUUGUGGGACAGUGUCCACAAAACACCUGGGGAGGUAACACAGGAGGAAGUUGACUUAUUCAUGGACUGCCUUUAUUCACAUUUUUAUAGGCAUUUCAAAAUUCAUUUAUCAGCUACAAGAUUGGUUCGUGUUUCAACAUCUGUAGCUUCAGCACAUACUGAUGGAAGAAUAAAGAUUCUGUGUCAUAAAUAUCUUAUUGGAGUGUUAGCAUAUUUGACAGAACUGGCAAUUUCUCAAAUUGACUGA